AUGUCCGACAACAAAAACACAGACCAAUACGGCGUCCUCCUCUACUACAAAUACGUCGAUAUUCCAAACCUCAACGACCUCCUCACAUUCUACCGCUCCAACUGCUCCUCCCUCUCCCUCCUCGGCCGCGUCCGCCUCUCUCCCCACGGCGUCAAUGUCACCGUUGGCGGCAGUUUAUCCUCUUUGGAACAACACAUCGAAGCACUCAAAGCCAAUAAUACUCUAUUUCUCGGCACUGAUUUCAAGCUUGCAACUUGUCAUCACCCAUUGAACGACGACGUUGCUAAGGAGUGUGGUUUCACUUCACUCUCGAUUCGUGUUGUCAAGGAACUUGUUACUCUCAGUUCUCAUCCACUGUUAAAGUCACCAGAAAUCUCAAAUGCUGGAACACAUUUAUCAGCACUUGAGUUCCAUUCUACACUUCACAAUGCUAAUGAGAGUCCAGAAAACAGCCUUGUUUUACUUGAUGCAAGGAAUCUUUAUGAAACAAGGAUUGGGAAAUUUCAUGCACCGAAUGUUGAAACUUUGGAUCCACGGGUUAGACAAUACAGUGAUUUCUCCUCGUGGAUAGAUGAUAGAAGCGAGCAGUUGAAAGGCAAAAAUAUCCUCAUGUAUUGUACUGGUGGAAUAAGGUGUGAAAUGGCAUCAGCAUAUAUUAGGUCAAAAGGUGCUGGGUUUGAGAAUGUGUUUCAGUUAUUUGGUGGUAUACAACGGUAUUUGGAGCAAUUCCCAGAUGGUGGUUUUUUCAAAGGAAAGAAUUUUGUUUUUGAUCAUCGGAUAUCAGUUGGAGGUUCAGAGGCUAGUAGUACAAUUGGUACCUGUCUUAUUUGUCAAUGUUCCUUUGACGAUUACUCUUCACGUUGUCGAUGUACUCAUUGCCGAAUGCUUGUUUUGGUUUGUGAGAGUUGCCAGAACGAAUCUGCACUGUAUGUUUGUGAGCUAUGCCAAAAACAGGGCAAGGCUGUUGGGCCAAAGCAGUUAAAUGAAAACGAUGAUUCAAAUAAAUCAUUACAAGGUGUUGAGUUCCUGGAUUUUUCUUCAGAUACCAUGCUCUUGCCUCAGGAGCUUAGGGGAGAUGACGUAAGAACCUCAAGAAAACUAAGAAUCUUAUGCUUGCACGGGUUUCGGCAGAAUGCUUCCAGUUUUAAGGGAAGAACAGCAUCCUUAACAAAAAAACUCAAGAAAAUUGCUGAAUUUGUUUUUAUAGACGCACCUCAUGAAGUGCCCUUCAUUUAUCAAUCUCCUGUUCCAGUGCCCCAUGUGAAUGGUGCAUCGUCCUCUUUAGCAGCAAGUCCUCCCCCACCUUUCGAGAAUUGUAAGAAGAAGUUUGCAUGGUUUGUGUCACCCAAUUUUGAUGGAAGUAGUGGCGUUGAUUGGAAAGUAGCAGAUGGUCCAUUUGAUCCACUUCAAUACCAGCAGCAAACUGAUGGAUAUGAUAUUUCAAUAUCACACUUAGAGAAUGUAUUCUCAAAAGAAGGGCCAUUCGAUGGAAUCUUGGGAUUUUCACAGGGAGCAGCAAUGACUGCCGUAAUCUCUGCACAACAAGAAAAGCUAAAAGGUAAAAUGGACUUUAAAUUUGUAGUCUUGUGUUCAGGCUUUGCUCUCAAUUUGAAGGAGAUGGAGUGUAACCCUAUCAAUUGCCCUUCUCUUCAUAUUUUUGGUAAUGAACAUGGUCAAGACAGACAGAUAGCCAACCAAGCAAGCAAGGAACUUGCUUCUCUAUAUGACAGUAGUUGUUCUGUGAUCGUUGAACAUGACCGUGGUCACAUAAUUCCAACUCGGUCUCCUUAUAUUGACGAGAUCAAGGCUUUCCUUGGGCGAUUUCUGCAUGACGUCUAG